AUGAGCGAAACAACAACGAUGAUUAAAUGUGGUCCGAUGAUAAAAAGAUCACAAAAUAAAAAGAAAUGGUCGAUGGUGAAUUACAAAAAUCGAUGGUUUGAAUUAUCACGAUCAUUUCUGAUAUACUAUGAUAAUUGUGAGGGUGUACGAGAGAAACGCCGCGAACGUGGUCGUAUAGAUGUACGUGGAAUUAAAUUAGUCGAGCCAGCAAUUCUGCAUGGUGAAGGUGGCGAUGCGUCAGCACCGAAUGGAUAUCCAUUUCAAAUCGGAUACUCAGAAUUGAAUUGCAUCACUGGUGGUAACAGCACAUUGCCAACAUUUACACUUUAUCUUGUUGCUACAACAGAUAAGGAGCGAAACGAGUGGAUUCGUGCGAUCAGAAAAGUCGCUGAAGAUUUUUCGCCGAAAUCAUUUCGUUAUCAUCCCGGCUUGUUUAAAAUUAAUAAAUGGUCGUGUUGUAGAAACGUGAGUCGAACUGCUUUAGGUUGUCUCGUGGCAACAAUUUGGCCUGAGAAGAAUAACAAUUAUAAA